CAAAGGGGAACGUAUGGGAGGGGCUUGUGGAAACUCAGUGGAGGUGCGCUGGAGAGGAAACUAUUUUUCCAUUGGUGUCUACGUUGAGAGAGCACUUUGGUCAACAUGUCCAAGACGACAGAAGACAGCCACGAAGGAAGUUCUGCCAAAUGCAGGACAGAGACAGACAGGGCGGCAUGUACAGAAAACCUCACAGAAACUGAUGCCUUUAUUCGGAGUUCCUUAGCUCUGGAUGUAGCAGAGGAGUAUAAAAUGACCAACAAACGCCGAGGCCUCGCAAUUAUUUUCAACCAGGAGCGUUUUUUCUGGCGACUUGGACUAAAUGACAGGCAUGGCACCAAUGCUGACUGCUACAACUUGGAGAUUAGACUGGCUGCGCUGGGCUUUGAGGUGAAGUCAUGUCAUAGCUACAAGCAGGAAGAAGUCAAAAAAGUAAUUGACGAUGCUGCUGCAGCUAACCAUUCAGAUGCAGACUGCUUCAUGCUCAUCUUCCUGAGCCACGGCGAGAACGAACAUGUUUAUACCCACAAUGGCAAGAUUGAUAUCCAGGAAAUCAUGUCCCUGUUCAAAGGAGACAAGUGCAAAAGCCUUGUAGGAAAGCCAAAGAUCUUUAUAAUACAGGCUUGCCGUGGAGACAAACACGAUGAUCCAGUUACUCCUUGUGAUGAUGUGGACAGUGAAAUUAAGACAAAUGAGGUUGUGGUGGACGCUAGUGCGUUUUACACACUUCCUGCCGGAGCUGAUUUCAUCAUGUGUUACUCUGUUGCCCAAGGUUACUAUUCCCACCGGGAGACCAUCAAUGGGUCGUGGUAUAUCCAGGACCUGUGUGAGCUGAUAAAGCAGUACGGAGAUUCCCUGGAAUUUACAGAGUUGCUUACACUGGUCAACAGAAAGGUGUCCAUGAGGAGCGUGGGAAGCUCCAGUGACCGAAACGCUAUUGGAAAGAAACAAGUGCCUUGCUUUGCUUCGAUGCUCACCAAAAAGUUAUACUUCCGACCAAAAAAAUAACAGAUUCAGAUUCUAAUUCGUUUUAUAUCUUUUGCCAGUCAAAUAGGAUCUAUUCAAAAUGAGUGAAAAGGUAAUUUCCAAUCAUGGAGCAAUUUUAGUAAAUACUACAUUACGAGGUGAUUUUAGCUUGUGUUUUCACACUAUUAUAGGUCACGAUAAGUUUAAUUAAAUCAUUCCAUUAGUGUCGUAGGUAAAUAUCAAACAUGCGGACCCAACUGUCCAGUUUCAGGGUGAUUCCAUUUGUACCAUCUUACCUUUUAAGAACUGAAAUGUGAAUCAUAUUUUUGUGUGUGUCUAUGUAAUGCUGCAUUCAUUUCUGCUGUUUUCAUCUACGCCAAAUAUCUUGCACUAUCAAUCAAUAAUUUUUUAAUGGUCCAUAUGAGUCUGAGUGACCUUCCACAACAUGUUCUGUUCUUGAAGCUUGCUUUUUGAUCCAGUGUGAACUCUGGUGACACCACAAGUGUGUUUCAUGUGACUGUGUUAAUAAUGUUCUUACUCCAACUUGACUUUGUCAGACUUAUCAACCUCUAUUAGUGAUAGGGUUGUAAUGGUACGGUACAAAUGCACAACCAGACCCAACUGCUGCUCCCACAUGUCAUUCAGUAACCUCCAGUUAUACUACAUUAGUUAGCAGUUAGCAGUACAUCAAAUUGAUGCAAUGUCUUACAGUUUUCCAAUAAAGUACAUUAGCAGUGGAGAAAGGGCAUUGUUUGAGGAGAAGAAAAAAUAGUCAUUACAUCAAAAACCAGAUGUUCCAAUGAACAUGACAUCUCACUUGAAAUGGUAUCAUCCAGCUGAAAAAGCAUUUCAGGGGACAUGAUCCUGCUGUUUGACACCUCUGGCUCUAUCAAAAAGGGAAUUGAUGUUUGUCCUGUUGUUUGUUAUGUAGCAGUUUCAGGGACUAAGUAUAAUAUUUCGUCUUUGCAGCCAGAAAUGUAACAAAGCUCAUCGUGGUUUCCACCUCAGGGAGAAGCAUGCUGUAAACUUGAAUCCUUGCAUCUGAUCUGUUUGUCCAAAUCCCACGUGAAACAAAUAGAAAUGUUUCUGAAAGCAUUAUUUUUAAAUAAAUGAUCCUUUUAAUGGCAAA